CAGACCAUGGCUCCUGGGUACGGGGUUCUUAUCCUUCCUUCACUUUCCUGCGACCGUCAUUCUGCGGUGUUUGCUUGAGUGCUCUCUUUUUUCUUGUACAUAAUGACACUGUUCAACUGAGGCUUCAGGCUCAUUUUUGGGUAUCCGAUUAUUUGUUGUGCCACAGUCUCUAUUCUCCAACCCCAUGUGAACGUGUCAGGAGCAGACAUUUUGUAUCCUCUUGAUCUGGACAUCUUGGCCAUCGCAUUCGACGAAGAAAACUGAUCAUAUUCACAAAGUGCUCAGACUUCAUUGUCCAUGGCUGCCUCCGUUACCUACGUACAUCUCUAGGUCACUUCCUGCUGCAAGCUUGUCCCUUUUCGCAGCCUGAUCCUCGAUCGCGACCCUGUCAUCAUGGCUACCUCCAUGAACCCUCUCGAUCUUUACCAUGAUCCGGCUCUCGAUUCCCUAAUCGCUCAAAAUACCGCGCGCAGCAGACAAAAUGGCUCAAGUCGACGGUAUAGCGGGGGGCAGGGCAGGCGCCCGCUUUCUCAGAACUUGGAAGAUACUGUACAACUACCUCCUGCUGCGCCCGAAGUGCCUCAGGGGCCACCCAUCUCCUAUCGAGGUUUUGGUCAGGGUGCGGACCCAGGCCCACAGCGAUCCUUCUCCCAGAGAGCCAAGGGCAGACCAUUCCACAGAGAAGCGUUUGCAGACUUGGAGGAUGAAUACCCUGAGGAGACAGCCAAACCCAAACAGCGCAUAGUAUCUGAGCCAGUACGCCGGGAAGCCAUGCCCAUUGUCUCUCGAAAGCCAGCCCCGCCCGAUGGUCUGCGACUAAACACUGCAGAUCUCAAUGGCUCGAGCGCUGCGAAAAUGCCAGGAAGGGAGAUGCAAUCAGCCCGUGAACCAUCUCACAAUGAGCCAAGGUCUAAUCAACAGCCUCGUCGGGCGUCUGACACUCCACGUCGUGUUGAAGAGCCUGUAUCGGCUGUGAGCAGAUCGAGUGCUUUCCGAGACGAAGCUCAUAGAAGGGAUUGGGCCCCAGAUCGUUCCCCUCUACAAAAGCUGGAAGUCACUCUGAAUGACAUUAGUAAGGAAGAAAAGCGAGCAAGAGUGCAGGAGGCUGAAAUGCUAUUGCGAGAUCGCGACUCAAAAUCGGCUCGAAAGGUUGCCGAAUCUCCUCGAGAAACUGGUCAGGCGUCCAUACCUGCUGCUCCUGCUAGCCGGUCUGCGCCGAAACGGGAGCGAGCAAUUGACCAGGAAGUACCAACUUUAGAAAAUGCGGUUCUGGUUCGAAAUCUCAGCACCACUCAGCGACAACGUUUGCAACAUAGCACAACUGUGGACAGUCAUCGACCUGACGUACGAAGCCUCUCGGGGGAAGGCCACCCGGGUUUUGAGUACACUAUCUCCAGCCCACUGCAACCGGCUCAUGCUGGUCAACGGCGCCAGUCAGGCAGCAAGAAUCGGCGAGUCAGUGAGUCUAGUCAAGAUGUUCCGCUCGACUCACCUCGCGCCGUGACUGAGGAAGUCGCUGUCAAGCCGGAGACGGUUCGAGCUGGGAAACAGCGCGAAAUCCCGCCAAUGGGCGCAAAAGUUGAGGCUUUGGAUGGGCAAGCGCGAACUCGCACCAGCGAAGCCCAAGCUCCUUCCGUUCCCAGUCGAGACGACUUUUCAGAGCGACAGAGGAACGCGUCUCACAAAGCAGCAUUGGAGAAACUCACUGGAGUGUCGGACCCCGUCAGGCUAGGGCGAGACGGCUCACGUAGACUCCAGAAAGCUCCACAAAGGGAUGUGGAUGAAAGGAAUGCUUCGGCUGGCAGAGUGCCAAGCAGAAUACCCGUGCCGACCUCAGCAACGACCAGCCAAGUUCGCAGACAAGAACAAUACAACCAAGUUGCCGCCGAUGUGAAAAAUGAGGUGACGCACAUACAGCAGCGGCCACAGACACCACCGAUUAGCCUUGGACUCCAAUCGUCACCCCACCCAAGCAGCCCCCAGUCUCCCCCAGCGAAGCCGGUAGAUGUGAUACGUCAACGACAAAGAAAGUCUAGUGUGUCAUUCAAAGAGCCGCUCAACAAUCGACCUGUCGAUGAAUGGAAAGAAGCCGGGACAGCAAGGCUCACAGCCAUCGAUUUCUCUACUGAACCCAUCAACCCAGCGGACAAGGGCAAGGCUUGGUGGGAACAGGCAGCGACUUCAUCUGGCCGCAGACGCAGCAGAUCGGCGAAGGUGGCGGAUAACCCGGGCGCUGGAGGCCAUAUUGACGAUAGAACGGCUGAAUUCAAUCCAAAUCUAUAUCUGCGGUGCGGGCCUUUACUUCGCUACAAAGGCAUGAGAAGACAGAAAAACGAAAGGGGAGAAGAACGUGAAUUCUGGCGAGGAAGUGUCCUUAUUGUGACUCAAAAUUCCCAUUCUUCCUACGAUCCGACGCCGAUUUUACGUCUGUUUUGUCAGCCACAAAAGUUGUUACCACCUCCACCUCAUCACGUCACUACAGAUGAGCUUCAACCUGAAUAUGUCGAUCCGAUUGCUGGCUUGACUAAGCUCUCGAGGACCGGGAGGGCGUUGUACGUUCGACCUGUGGACCACUUGGAAGAGGGAAGGGAUCUGUCACAGAUCGAAAACGAUGACGGACUCUUCGAAAGCUCUCCCAGCCCGCUCGAGCAUAGUGGACCCCAAGGUCUAGUCCCGUUCUCCAACAAUCGCAUCCUUGAUACAGACGGAGAAAGAUUCGGAAGAUAUCAAGAAGUAGCGGGGGCGCGACUUUAUGCCGAUCCGGACCGUGAUGUGACCUUCUGGCGAUUUAAUCUCGAAAUAGAACUCGCUGGUGAGCAACAGCAUAUCGCUUACCGCAUCAAUCGUGGUCCGUCGGUCGGUUUUUGGGUGCCUGCUCGAGGCCAGACCAUGAACAUAAUGUUUCAUUCUUGCAAUGGGUUCAGCCUCUCCGUCAAUCCCGAUAGCUUCAGCGGACCUGAUCCGAUGUGGAGAGACGUUCUCAAUACCCAUCAAUCACGCCCAUUCCACGUUAUGAUAGGUGGUGGCGAUCAGAUAUACAAUGACCGCGUCAUGCUCGAGACCGAACAUUUUGGCGAAUGGACUAGGAUGAGAAACCCAACUCAUAAGCACCACGCACCAUUUACGCAUGAAAUGAAGGAAGAACUUGAGAGCUUCUAUCUGAACAGAUAUGCUAUGUGGUUCUCUCAGGGCCUCUUCAGCAUGGCUGCUAGCCAGAUCCCGAUGGUGAACAUAUGGGACGAUCACGAUAUCAUCGAUGGCUUUGGUUCCUAUCCGAACCAUUUCAUGGAGACACCCGUCUUCUCCGGAAUUGGCAAUGUCGCAUAUAAAUAUUACAUGCUCUUUCAGCACCAGAGCGUCCCUGAAGAAACCACCGCACAUGAACCUAGCUGGGUCUUGGGCCGACAGCCGGGGUCGUACAUCAAGCAGCUUAGCAGAAGUGUGUUUAUGCAUAUGGGAAAACAUGUGGCAUUUCUGGGCCUUGAUUGCCGCACGGAAAGAAAGCGCAAUGAGGUGUUGAGUUUGUCCACUCUGGAUUUCGUUUUGGACCGAUGCCGCAAAGAACUCAUCGAAGGGGAGACGAAGCACCUCAUCGUAUUGCUCGGUGUUCCCCUUGCCUACCCUCGCCUGGUUUGGCUGGAAAAUGUUCUCACCAGCCGACUCAUGGAUCCUGUCAAAGCUCUGGGAAGAGCCGGAAUCCUGAAGGGCAGCUUUCUCAACAAGUUCGACGGUGGAGUUGAGAUCCUCGAUGACCUCGACGAUCACUGGACCGCAACUAACCACAAACAUGAGCGUAAUGACUUGGUACGAGACCUACAGGAUCUGGCAGCAGAGAAGUCAUGUCGCAUCACUGUUUUGAGCGGAGACGUCCACCUCGCUGCAAUCGGCCAGUUUCACUCAAAUCCAAAGCUGAAGAUCCCCAAGGACAAAGAUCACCGAUACAUGCCAAACGUGAUAUCUUCGGCGAUCGUGAAUACACCACCAUCGGACAUGCUGGCCGAUAUCCUGAACAGACGGAACAAGGUACAUCACUUGGACCACUACACUGAUGAAGACAUGAUACCCAUGUUCACCCAUGAUGUGAAUGACAAGAAACGGAAUAACAAACGUUUACUGCCUCGACGCAAUUGGUGUUCGAUCCGGGAGUACAUCCCAGGCUCAACCCCUCCACCUUCACCGUCAGAAAGUUCGGCAGUCUUCGAAGAUGAAGAUUUGGAGGAAAAGCCAGAACCUCGGCCUCGACGAUUCUCCUUGACCAAGGCAGAUGUAAAUCCACGAACUCUGUUUCGCCGACUAAGCUCGCGGAACGCGCCUCCCACAUCGUAUCGCGACAUGAUAUAUGACCAGGGUCGCUCAGCGUCUCACGAUGGAACGACACAAUCCGAAGGCGCCACAUUGGUCCAGGACCGCAAUGCGAGCAGCUCUCGUCAAGCCUCGAGUGAGUUCCAGGCUCUCCCGAACAGACGUGCUUCUUCGUUCGACCAUACUUCUUCCGGCGUCCCAGUGCGGCCUGGCACGUUCAAACGCCGUCCGACCAAUUUCUCUGAAAAAGCUGCUAGGAAAGGGGAUGUACCGGCUAUUGAUGCCGAAGGUAAUGAAAUUGAUGUUAAUGAUCACAUUAAUCUUGAGGGUGGUCUCGAUGUUGUAUUGAACGUUGAAGUCAACCAAAAGGACCCAUCUGGAAUUACGACGCCCUACAGGCUGCUUAUCCCGGCUCUUUGGUAUGACGGUAGCUCUGACCGCGAGAAGCUCGAUGACGCCAGUGCGGUCCCACGAAAACCGACAAUCUUAAACAGAUUCGGUAUCGGUGCGAGAAGGCCGAAGGUCGCGGGGAACCAAGAGGAAGAUUGGGAUCAGGAAGAGAGCGAAGAAGACUACCCAGAGAACUCAUAUGCCCCAAGAGCAGGAGCAGCACCUCGGCGAAGAUUUAGUCUUUUCGGAAGCCGCCGACAAAAGAGGGAAGAUUACCAAAGUGAUGAUGAAGACGAGGACGAAGACCAGUCUCAAGUCCAAGCCGCUGGAAUGGGACAGUCUCAACAAUACCAGCCCCCGAACAACACUUCGGGUCGUAACCCAGGGCCACACCCCAGAAACGCCGAUUACCAGCUGUCGCACAAUAUGACUAGCCCACCUAACCACGACAUGCUGUAUGACACCGAAAAUCGGCCACCAGCAAGUCACAGUCUCGAGCCCGCGGUCCACCCAAGCGUCCGACGUUCCUUGACGAUAUCUGGUCGCGGUAUGCAGCCUAGUGGAGCAGGAAGAGCGGAGGGAAAUGUCGGCAGCAAUUACUCUGAUCAACAGCUGUCUUCCGUCCAAGCAAUGGGAAGAAGUCAGCCUCGUGUCUCUCCCUCGCCAGCACUGCCCAUGACAAACGCCAAUGGAGGCGGGGAUAUACCUCAGCGUCGUCUAAGCAAGCAGGAACGCGUUCUAGGGAUUUCGGCGUCUGAACCACAACCCUAUGGCCCUCCACAGCAAUUGAGAGGCAACGGCAUCAUUGGGCGAGAUUUCAGACAAGCGUACGAGCAGCCGGAUUUUUACGAGGCUCCUCCAGCAAGGGGAUAUUCUGGCAUAGAGGCAUACAAAGAGCCGAAGCCACGACGGACAUUCAGUCUCAAAAGAGCGCGAAAUUGGUUCGAUGGGAGGCCUCGAGAGGAGCAAUACGAUUGAAUUUUCACAUAUUUGGAAACGCCCUACCAAGGAGUCCUGAGGGCUUUGGCGGCCUUUUUGGUAAUCCCCGAACUGGGAUCUCUUCGAAUCCAAGUAAGCGAGUGCUUAGGUACGUUCAAGCGCUGAUCUAAUAUCUGCACACGGGAAACUAUUGGGAGAUUUUUCUUUGGUUCCAUGGCCUGAGCGUUCACGAAAUUUGCGCAAACAGCGUUCGAGCAUUGCAUCAGCUUGGUUGGGAUUCACUACGAGCUUUAAUUCAUGAGGACAUGUAUCACCUUCCUGAGGAGCUUACUGCAGCUCUACUCGUACUUUACCCGGCGGUCGUCUAGUCUAGCUUUUAUUUAAGGACGUUCCCACAAUGCCGAC